AUGGCCGCCAAUCAAACUUUGCGACUCUUCCGUGUCCACGACGAACCAAAUACAAUAAGUGCAGUCGCAAAUACGAUUACUACUUCCUUCGCUCAAGAUCCUCUAAUCACAUGGUUACGCCCUCGCGCUCCGCCCUGGACGAAAUAUAACGCCGAAAUAUGCAACUGGCAAUAUCGUCGGGUCCAACGAGCUGUUGCAGAGGGAAUAGUCCUGCAAUCGGGACCGAGUUACCAGAUAGCCCGUUGCUUUCCUUCUAGGCCUUCUGGUUCGUGCCAUGUUGGACCCGAUGCGAAAGGUUCGGUGGCCGAAGAGAGCUGGAGCGAGGAUGGUGAUGAAGAUAAGGAUGCAGGAGCUGUGGCCCUCUUAUUUCCUCCUCGAAGACAUCAAAAAUGGACUUUAGCAAAACUGGUACUUCAAUUCAAGCUGCUUUUCCUCGAUAUCUUUUGCGCCCGUCGUGAAAGUGGUACCAAUGUACAGAGACUAGAGAUCAUGAUGAAGAGCCAUGACGACACAAUUGCUCGAGUUAAGAAGCUGCAGCGGCUGUCCGAUCUGUGGUAUUUGGAGGUUGUAGCUGUUCAUCCCUCUCUCCAGGGUCGCAGCCUCGGCAAGAAAGCGAUGACAUGGGUGUUGGACCAUAUCAAGCUCGAACCACUUUUACUGGAGUGUACAAGUGAGAGUAACCUCCCGUUCUACCAGAAACUGGGGUUUGAAGUUGUUGAAGAAGUCGAAUUGAUGGAGGGUGGUGAAGCAGUCAAGUUGUGGUUCAUGCUACGGCAAGUUUCUAAAAGCGAACACAGUAAAUUAGCCAAAUGAAUAUGACAAGUCCAAAUCAGAAUAGGCCAAGUUCUAUUCCUCGUGACUGCGCAAUCUCAUGUAUGUUGAUAGUGUUUUCAGGAUACGUCCAGUGCUCUUCCAAUAAGUCCAGAAGUAGUCUAUAUUGCUUAUUCCAGAA